AUGACAUUAAGUAUAGGGUUGAUAACUGGGGGUGAGAUGGGCUUGGGCAACCUUGCAGUGUCUCAGCCCUCGUGCCUGCUUCGGGUUGCAUGGCAGCUAGUCACUGAGAGGGUGUUACAGCUGAACGAUGAUAUCUACUCUUCAACAGUUCACUACCGAGUUCACCACUUUUGUGCCCGUCAACUUCUCCCAUUUCUGAGGGGGACAUGGCUCAAGUGGUUAGAGAGCGAAUUUACUGACCGGAAGGUCUGUGGUUCGAACCCGACCUCUGCAUCUCGACUUCUCCUGUCGAGAGACGAAGGUCCAGACCGUUCAGCUGUAGCACCCUUUCGGCGCCUGGCUACCAUGCCACCCGAAGGAAGCAUGAGGGCUGGGAUACUGUCAGGUUGCCCAAGCCUAGACAGGGGAAGUCGAGAGGCAGAGGUCGGAUUCGAACCAUGGACCUUCCGGUCAGUAAAUUCGCGCUCUAACCACUUGGACCGUCUCGCCACGAAGGUCCAGGGGAACCAAAUAUACCUUGGGCAGAAGUCUGAUCAUGCAACGGCGAGACGGCUCAAGCGGUUAGAGCGCGAAUUUACUGACCGAAAGGUCCGUGGCUCGAACCCGACCUCUGCCUCUCGACUUCCCCUGUUUAGGCUUGGGCAACCUGACAGUAUCCCAGCCCUCGCCGAGCAGCAUUUGUUGAAUCGACACAAUCGGUGCCUAGCUACCAUACCACCAGAAGGAAUCACGAGAGCUGAGAUACUGCCAGGUUGCCCAAGCCUAGACAGGAGAAGUCAAGGUGCAGAGGUCGGGUCGGAACCACAGAUCUUCCGGUCAGUAAAUUUGCGGUCUAACCACUGA